AGGAGUUUCAGUACUUCCUCAGUUGUCGGAGUUAUGCUGCCCCUGACAUACACACAUUAUCUUCUCACAAACACACUCUCUUCUCACACACUGUCACACACUCUGUUCUCACACACUGUCAGAAACUCUCCCGGCUGCGUUCAUUACAGUCCGUUGCUCUUUCCAAACACAGGGACAGGAGCAGAAUGACUGGGCUUUAACCUGGUGGAGGGGAAAGUUUCCCUCACUGGGGGUAAACAGACUGAGGACACACUGGGACUACUAUACUGGACUACUGUACCAAUACCACCCUCAUGACGAAUGAAGUGACAGGAGAGAGCAGACAGCAGGACAGAGACAUCUCCCCUGCUGAGCUGGAUGCACUAUGGAGAGAACCACCGUACACACUAGCGGGAACCAAUCAGCACUUCCCAGGGAAUGAUGUCAUGAAUCCAGGGGUGGAGUCUGGGAGCGGGGAGGUAGAGUCGGAUAGUUACUGGAAGAGGAAGGAGGCGUUCACCAGAGGAAGCACCGUGUCACUGGCCGUGGGAGAGAGGUUCUCCUCAGACGUGGUGCUGGUGUUCAGCGGUCGGCGGCGCUCAGGUGUAAUACCUGACUCUGAGCUACAGGAGGCGCUCCGUACCAGACUCAGGGUCGUCGAGAGCAACAGUCAGGACGUCAUCCAGCUCUUCAAGGACCUGUCUGCCCGUCUGCUGUCUGUCCACGCUGAGAAGGACAGCUUUGUCAUCACCUUCAAGACUGUAGAGGAGAUGUGGAAGUUCUCUACCUACCUGGCUCUAGGCUAUGUGGCGCGGUGCCUGGAGAAUUUCCUGUGUGACCAGUCGUUCUGGCUGGACACUGAGCUGCUGAGGGACCUGGAGAUUACUGUGACUGUAGAUGAGAAACACCUGGCCACACUCUACCUGGGACUGCUGCUGCAGGAGGGGUCGUUCUUUGCCAAGGCGCUGGUGAGCAGUGCCGAGCUUGCAUAG